AUGGAUGUUCAUGAUGUUUCUACUGGCCCUGAGUAUGUCAAAGUGCUCCGAAUCCAGCAGGAAGACCUUCGAAAGGCCAAGGACAGAAGGGGCCAACCAAUUCCCCGUCAGCCUUCCGUGGAGCGUCUCGAAGGCUUCUCGAAGGCUUCUACAUGCGCGCCCUGCAAGACGUACAGCGCUCGCGAUCCGAUUCACAGCCUAAGAAAAAGAACAGUCAUCAUACCAAAGGCCUACCCUACUAGCACCAUACCAUUGGCUGAGCUUCGAAAAGUCUUGCUUGCGGACCUGACCCUGGAGAGACAUCACCGUGGGUCAUACGUUGUGUUGAUUGUGGCUUCUCUUCCCGACGACCCGACCCUUGAGAAAGAUAGCCACAAAUCCGCCAUCCGUGCUGUUGGAUGCGAUGAGACAGAUAACGCCAUAAUCUUGAACCUACGAUAUCGGGUCAAUAGAUUCCUUCAGAGACCUGCCGGGCGCAGAGUUGUGCUCCUUAUCAAGGAGCCGUAUAUUACAGCAGCGGAGAAUGGGGCUCCUGAGAUCCGAGUUGAUCAUAUCUCGGACGCCUUGUUGCCGCCGCCAUAUGGUGAACUGGUUCCUCCAUGCUGGAGACUUCCCAUACCUGAAGAGGCACAAACCUUUUCGGGCUGGAAGAACUUUACGGAAACGAUUUGCGGCCCGACGGCGCCUUUUUAUGCCAUUCAGAUGUGGUCCAAGCUUGUUGAUCUUGCUGGGGAGAAUGCAGACCUGAAAGCAAACUGCAAAUUUGGCCGAGCGGGCAUGUUGAUGAGCAACGGUCAAUUUGACGCUGCUCUGUGUGACUUAGAGGACUUGUCGUCAUUGCCGGAACUAGCACCCCGGGCUCUAACUUGGAUGAGCAUCCUACUGCAGGAGCUUCGGAGAUUUCGAGAAUUUCACGACACAGUCACAAAGAUUGCUACUCUUCUUCCGGAGAAGCUCCAAGCCAGAGUUGAGGAUGGCAAAUACAUCCAAACCUGCGCCACCCAUGUUGGUCCUGUGUCUGUUCGCACUGCGCCCUCUUCCGGAAGAGGGUUGUUCACAAAUAAGUCGGUCAAAGCAGGCGACCUUCUUUUUUGCGAGAAAGCAUUUGUAUACGCAUGUCAUACCCCGGCAAAAUCGACUCCUCAGCCUUCUAUCCUGGUCAAUCCAGAGCAUGGGAUUGUAACCAUAGGAACCCAGCCAUAUCUCAAUUCGAGCAUUGCUGAAACGGUUACCAUGUCGUCCUGUCAUUGGUCGAAGAUCAGAGAUCUUCAUCACGGCAACUACGAUCAUAUUCAGAUGGCAAACGGGGGAGUUCAUCCCGUUGUCGAUAUAUUCCUGAUUGAGCGCAUCAUCGCCUUGAACUGUUUCGGUUGUCCCAAAUCCUCAUACCAUGUCUACAAGAGCCUCCCUCCCAAACAUCGACCUGAAGAGACUGACGCGAAUUACGAGGAUUGCGGUCUUUGGUCCUUGGCUGCUACGAUCAACCAUUCAUGUGAUAGCAACGCCCACCGCGCAUUUAUCGGAGAUAUGAUGAUUUCACCAAUGACCCCAGUUAGUUUGAAUAAGCAAAUGGAUCUUAAGCACUGGGGCUUCAAGUACACCUGCGUUAUCUGCCAAGAUGCCCUCAAUACACCUGCCGGAAUGUCUGAGAAACGAAAGGGGCAAGGAAUCAGCUUCCAGAGACUCCUUUCCGAGCCCAAGAUCAAUCUGGCUCAAGCCGAAAGCAUUAUUGCUCAGCUUCGAGGAACAUACACGUCGCCUGCAGCUGAAGCUCCCCGCCUGAGCCUCUGGAGUCAAUACUUGACUCUUGCAAAUGCUCAUGAAGCGGAAAAGAAUCAUGAAAAGGUUAUUGAGUUUUCUUUGAAGGCUUUGGAGUCGCUUGGAUACAUUAUCAAUGUCGAAGACAACCGAGACUCUAAGCAAGAGACUCUUGUCAUGACAAAGUGGGGACUUGUCGUGGAUAGUGUUGUUUCGUGCUGGAUGACUCUGUCCCGAGCCUACAAACAUCUGAGAUCCAACCUGGCUGAUCAAGCUAAGCAGUAG